CUCUCUCUUUGAGCACGGCUCUCCAUCUCUCUCUUUUAAAAUUUUUUUUGCGUUCGUUUUUCUCGGACUUUGUCCACGGCGACAUGUUGCGGAACCAGUGGAUUGCUGACUACCUGAGCCACGUAACUCACGGUGGCCACGGGCUCGGACGCGAUUCAUCAGUUAAAGUUUGCAACCCAACGCUGCUGCAAAAAGGAGCAUUAAGAUUUCCCAAGGAUUCUUCCUCUGGAGCUAGCAGUGUGCUCGUUAAGAGUGCCACAGAUAUUGAUGCAAAGCUUCUCACAGUGCUCCCGAAAGUUUCAGAGCUAAGGAAGCAUUUUGAACAAUCAAUCAAAAGUGAUCAAAAAAUGAAUAGGAAAGAGAGGAUUGCUCGAAGGCUGGAGGGCAUAGAGACAGACAUACCGUCUACUCUGGUGCCCAGUGUGCAGCUCAGCCCUGGUCUGGUGACUAAUCGGCUUCUGGAGGAGGACACCCCCCGCUACACCCGUGCCUCUGACUCCACCGAACCAGUGAGGUACUAUAGUCGUGAUGAGCUGGAGGCUCCAGAGAGGCAGUCAUGGGCACGUACACGGCCCGAGCCCCAGGUCGUGCCACAGGCCCCGCCUCCUCUCCAUCCUGUCCCAACUGCCAAUCCUACAGGCUCUGAUCCGGCCAGCCUCGCCUCCAAAGCUGAACGGAUCGCUCGCUACAAAGCUGAACGUCGACGGCAGUUAUCGGAACGCUACGGGAUCCUUCUUGACCAGGAUGUGGAGAUGGAUUACACACCACGAUACACGCGAGCACGGCGAGACGCCGACCUGAAGGACAAACGAGCUCCACCUCCGAGGGGGUGUGGCGAGAGAGAGAAGGCCUGGCGAGAGGAGGAAGGGCAUGAACGAAGCACUAGCAGGCCGAAAUACAGCAGCUCGGGGGUCGGACAGGUUUCCAUGUCAACCGGUCCCACCCCUUCUCCUUCCAAGGAGCUGCCGAGCACCCUUGCAGCCCAGGAGAAAGGGCACCAGCGCUUGGAGGCAGAGCGCGAGAGAGAGAGGGCGAUGAACCUGGAAAACUGCCGGCGUCCACCAGACAGGAGUCCCAGGCACCGCCCACAGGAAGCUCUGGCCGCCACAGAAACGGUGCCUGCCCAACCAGCGGGGGGUGUUGCUGUGGCAGCAGUGGCCAGCUCCCCACGUACAGCACGGCGUGCCUCCCUGCCCUCCACACGGUACGGCAUCUCCCCUGGAGACCUGUUCAUAGAACAACAGGCGCAGAACAUCCUCAGCCGACAGGGCUUGACGUCUCGCUCUCAAAGUGAGUGGUCUCUUCAGAAAGACUUGGAUGGUGACACAAACUCACAUAUCAACUGGCCCUCCAGAAUACGAGUGAAGGAGAGGCGAGCAAGGGAGAGCAUCUUAGGGCGUGCAUCUGAUUUAGGGUCAGAUGCCUCUUCUAUCAGACGCCACCCUACAGAUACUCCUCCGUACUCAGUCCCUCACCUUGAAGCCACAAGCCAGCUACGUACACGGAGUGCUGAACCUCCACUCCAACAGCAGAAUCUGAACAUGGAGUCCCUACGUUACCAUCGAGCACAGAGUGCUGAGCAUCCACAAUACCAAUGGACUGAGAGUACAGGAUCACCUGGAUAUCCAUGUACAGCAGGAGAACCUCAGAACUACCAAGGCGCACUAAAUCUGGAUCCUGUAAACUAUGACCGAGGGCUUGGGGUACAUAGAGCCAUGGGUCAUCAACCAGACUAUAGGCAAACUCAGCCACCUUCACCCAGGUUCAGUGACAUUCAACAACCCACUCAAACAUAUGGACCUCCCUAUGGUACUGAGUACAGGGAUAUUCAGAAACCCUGGCCUCACGCAAGAGAUGCCAAAGAACAUGAAUUGAGAUAUGAGGACACCCACCAACCAAUUUCUGUGAGCAGUGCCACACACCCACCUGCCCAACAACCUCCACUUAAAUGUGAGCGUGCACUGUAUGUGUCUCCACCAUCUAGACAACCUCAGCAGUUUGUUUUAGGGUAUUCUCAGGGCCAGCCCCCAGCUUAUGGACCUACUGAUGUUGCACCACUUGCCUAUGCUCAUGCUCCCUACCCUGCUCAUUCCUAUCAAACAAGCCAUACAUCUGCACCUCCCAAUGGGAAUAUUGCUCAGCCUUUGCCUGAACCACCAAAAAUGCUUGCAGCCAAUGAGCCUGCAGACACAGCUGUGUCUAGCUUGGAGGGAGUAGAAAGCAGGCGAAGAGCCAGCCCUGGUCAUAUUGCACCAGUUCCGAGGGAGGGCCGAGCAGCAUCCAGGGCCAUUCCACCCCCAGAAGGCCUGCUGAGGAGCAGAAAGGCUGUGUUGCCCUCUGAAAUCCGACGUAGGCAGAGGAGUGUAGAUGGCAGCCUGCGGAGGUGUACUGAGGGAGAUCUGGAUGGUCAGAGAAGCAGGGAGACCUGGCAAUUGGAGGACGAAGAGGGAAGAGGGCAGGUAAAUAAGGGAGCAGGCAGAGGAAGAAGCAGGGUCAGAAGCUUGGAGCCAAAAGAAGGGCAUGAUGAAAGGAGAGCCAUUCAGUUAGGGGAGCAAGGAGGUAAAAGGGAAAAGGGGAUUAGCCACUCGCAGGAAAGAGCAGGUCAAGAUGUUCCAAGAAUCAUCCAGUCACAAGAAAGUGAAGGACAUGAUGGAAAGAAGAGCAUGAUGGGAGAAACGUUUGGCCAUGGCCACAGAAGGGUGAACCAGUUAGAAGAGAGAGAGAGAUGGGAUGGCAGUAAAAUUAGCAGGUUAGAUGAAGUUCAGCAACAUGAAGGACACUCUGUUUGGAGGACUGGGCAGUCUGGCAGUGAGGAAUGGUUGUAUAGGGAUGAUGGGGGAGUUAUACAAAUUGAAGAAACAGAGAUGCAAGUUGAAAACAGGAUCAGUCAGUCAAGUGUAUCACAUGGCAGAGAUGAUAAAGGGAUUCGUCAGAUGGAGGUCAAAAGUGGACAGAUUGGACAGACUACAAAGGAGUCGAGUGAGAUGGCACAGAAGCAGUGCAGGAAUCUAUUUGAGUUGGCUGAAGAAAGUGCAAACGUUCAAAAGUUUGUUCAAAAGGAACUGUCAGAGGGUAAUGGUAGGCGAAGAAGGAUUAGCCAGUCAGAGGAUGGCAAUGGGCAUGUUAGGCGCAGAAGGAUAAGCCAAUCAGAGGAUGAUUGGAAAGAACGUAGGGUACGUAGAAUCUACCAGUCAGAUGGUGAAGUCGGUUCAAUUGGCCAGCCAAGUAAUCAAGUGGAGGGAAAUGAUGGGGGGAAAAAGCAGAAUCUGGAUUUGUUGGAAGCCAUGGAUACCACACCCCCGCAGCAGCAGCAGACCAAUGAGCCAUCUCCAUACCAGCGACUGGCAGAAGCAGGUGGUUACUUACAAAAAGGCUCGUCCUUCCCUCAGGCACGACACAGAGGAAAUCGGGAUGGAGGCGACCUCAAACCAAAAAUACGGAUCCGCUCCAUGUCAGACAUUGGAGUGUCCCACCCGUCUGUAGCAUUACAGAGUUUUGAGAAAUCUUCUAGUCGUGAGGCUCUUAUGGGACUAGGGCUGGGACUUCAUACCAGAGAGACUGCAACUGCCAAUGGUGAAGUGCCAGCCUUGGAUACAAGAGUUUCUGUGGCAAAGCUCAGACAUUCCUACCUGGAGAGUACCCUUGGUCGCAGGCCUGAACUGGAAUCUAAGGCACAACCAGGUGCCAUGGAAGCAGAUGCAGCUGGGGGUGUCGACCGAGAGGGGGGGCCCCGCCGGCCGAGGCUUUACAUCUCCCCUGGUGAUGACCGGAAGUCGUCUGAAAGGUUCAGGACUCAGCCAAUCACAUCAGCUGAAAGGCUCGAGUCUGAUAGGGCUCGACGAAGUCCAACAGAGCUACAGAAGACGCAAGCAGAUGAAGAGAAGUUAGAUGAACGAGCAAAGAUGAGUGUUGCAGCUAAGAGGUCACUUUUCAGGGAACUUGAGAAGACUUCUGAAGGUUGUGUUCCCAAACCCCGGUCCCGUAAUGCAGCAGUGGAACGUAGGUUCAGACGCACACAGGACCGCUCACGAACCCAGCCCGUCACCACGGAGGAAGUAGUCAUUGCCGCCACUUCUCCUGGUCCAUCUUCCCAAAUCGUCAUCGUUCAAACUACAGCCCCCGGAAUUCCCAGUCCCACAGUAGUCAGGAGCGCAAUGACUAGCUUCAGUCUUCAGGCCUCCUCAGCCCCUGGUUCUGCACCUCGGGAGGAGGAGGCGGCUCCGACCGGAGAGGUGGGAUCAGCAGAACGAGCAGGGACAGAGGAGCCAGACCUAUCCACUCUGAGCCUAACAGAAAAAAUGGCUCUGUUCAACCGUCUGUCGCAAGCUCCUCCCCAACCAGCUGAGGGCGCACGUUCCGAAACACGCCUACGCAGGGCCAAUACCCGCUUCCAGACUCAGCCAAUUACACAGGGUGAGGUGGACCAGGAGUUAACGCAGGAUGUAGAUCCGUCAGAUUGUGUAAACCCUGCUCCUGUGACUAAUGGUUCUGUAGUGCCAUCUCUGGUCGAGCAACUGCAGAGUAGCAGUCUAAAGUUGGAGCCUCUCCCUGUGUCAUUGGUCCGGUCUAUUGCUACGGUCACUGCCCAGGUCUCUGUUGCCACGGUGACGAGCCCUUCUAUGGCAAUGGCCGGAGAUGUCCGCUUGGGGAUGUCCACGACUCUCUCUUUCACGCCACCUCUAGCUACUCUGCCCAGUCAGCCCUCAGCCAAUCAGCUGGCUGACAAUAAGCUUCCAGCCUAUGAGAGAGGGGUUCGAUAUUUCAGCUUUACAGAGAGUGGAGAAACCCACAGCCCUAGAAUAUACUCUCCGCCCGCAUCAGAUGCCCUCAGCCGAGCGGCAUAUGGCAAGGGUGUGGCUACAGCGGUAUCGACCAAUCAGCAGAAGCAGGAGGAGGAGAGUGGGUGGAGAGAAAGGGGCUUUGCGGAGAGAGGAGAUCCCGAGUCCACUCGCGCUUUCCCUCAGCACAGUCGCGCGCAUACCACAACGCACACACUCCCACACACCCUCUCACACGCUUGCGACAAGGGGGGCGUGGAGCAGAGCCGUCUGCAGGAGAGGGAGAACGAGCCGGAGAGAGACCGCGACGGGGUGCAGGAGCAGAACUGUGAGAGAGACACUGAGAAGACGCUCAUCCCCCGAGGAGGUCCCCUUUCUCCAGACGCUCUUCAGGUGGAAGUUGCCGGCAGCCCCCAAGCCGUCGUCUCGGAUGCUCCUGAGACUGUUCUUCCAGUGCGUACUGUGAGCACUGCAGCAGUUUCCUCCAGAAGCUCUUCACAUGCUGCCUCUCACACGCUCCCAUACCUGCAGCGCACACCACCAUACACACCACCUCAAUCCCACGCGGCCCCAGCCUUCCAAAGCUCCCCCCAGACUCACAUACUACCGCACCCCCAACCUUACAGUCAGACCUCACCCUGCACUCCUCCCAGACCCCAGCCGCAGCUCCACCCUGACCACCAGCCUGUAUCUCUGUUCCAUCCAUACACGGACCUCCGGUCUCCUCCACCAACCGCAGCACAAGACUCCCUAGAAGCCAAACACCAGACACAAGCGAAGGGGCAGCAUAAGCCACAGGCCUUUGCCCCCUGUCAGUCAUAUUCCUACAUACCUUCCCAGACCAAGACCCCCCCGCAGACGCCGCCGAAACCCCAGCUGUACGUUCUACACCCAUCCCAGGUCCAGCCGGGAGGUGCCUCGCCCUUGGAAGAGAGCGUCAGUCCGGGUCGCCUCCACCCCUCUGACUUCCCUGUUUCCACUGAUAAUCAGCUUGUGGCCCACAAAGAACCGGACACCAUGACCUCAAUGUCCAUCAGAGAAAGAUUAGCCUUGUUGAAAAAGAGCGGCGAAGAGGACUGGAGGAAUAGGAUCAACAAGAAGCAGGAAGUGGUGCAGGAAGUGGUGUCGCUCAGUGAGAAGAGCAGCCAGAUAUGGGAGGAGCAGGGCUUCAAGAAGGAAGAAAGGGCAAUUGAGGAGUUCACGUCAUCUGAGAGGGUUUGGGAGCCUGUUUUUGCUUCCACCUUUUCUCCCACUCCUGCGUCAUCUAGCCCCACAGUCCAGUCUCUAGAACCCGCAGGCCAGAGAGUGUCAGAAGAGGGGGAGGGGCAGAUGUCCAUUGAGGAGCGGAAGCAAAUGAUCUCCACUCGAGAGGAGGCGUGGCAAAGCACGGGAAGGGGUGUGGCAAAUGACUCUGCCCAGUACACCGUUGCUGCUCGGAUGGUGAAGAAAGGUCUUGCUGCAUCCUCUGCAGUGAUCAGUCCAAUUCUGUCUCCAGUCUCUGCUAAGCUCAAGAGCAGCAUACCGGCUAUCUCUAAACCGCAAGAGGAGAUAGAGGCCAGAGCGGAUAUGGAGUCUGACAAGAAGUUGGAUAAACUGGAGACAUUUCUGGGCCGUUUGAACAGUAAAGUGACAGGCUUGCAGGAGACCACUCUGACGGUCACAGAGAAGGCGGUGAAAGAAGUGAUGCGUUUGGAUGACGAGAUCUUCUCAAAGUUCUAUCGCCAUAUGGUGGACAUUCCCCAUAGCAUGAUGAGCAGAGUGCCGAUGGACGAAGACUUGGAUGCCAUCUUUGGCAAACAGACACCACAGCUGGCAUCGGCGAUGGUGCAGCACAAGCGCGCGGUGCGUCCGUCGCGUAACGUGCAGGCCUCACGCAACCCACUGAAGAUCUUGGCGGCGCGGCAGGACAUCAAGCAGGAGUACACGGAGCAGCGGCUGAACGUGGGCCUCCUGGAGAGCAGGAGGAUCAAGCAGGAGAGGAUAAGUAACAGCUCCAGUCUGGUGGAUGCAGCCGUGGCUGGCUUGGCCAGUAAAGAGGACUACAGCAGUGUCAGCUUGCGCAGCGUCAGCAACUCUGAGCAGGUGACCAAUAACAGCGCCGCUCCGUACAAAAAGGUCAUGCUCAUGCAGGUCAAAGGGCGUCGUCACGUACAGACUAGACUAGUGGAGCCCAGAGUCUCAUCUCUAAACAGUGGCGACUGUUUUCUGCUUGUUACGCCUGAACACUGCUUUGUUUGGGUUGGAGAGUUUGCAAAUGUCAUAGAGAGGGCAAAGGCCUCUGAGCUGGCCACUUUCAUCCAUUUGAACCAUGACCUUGGUUGCCGAGCAACACAGGUGGACACCAUAGAAGAGGGGGUGAACUCUCAAAGCCCCAUGGUGGCAGAGUUCUGGAAAAUUCUGGCAGGGCCAGGCAGUUAUCAGUCGGCUGGGCCCCCUGAAGAUGAUGAGCUGUAUGAGAGUGCGAUCGUGGAGACGAACUGCAUCUUCCGUCUAGUGGAUGAUAAGCUGCUUCCUGAUGAUGACUUCUGGGGCAAAGUUCCGCGUUGUUCCCUACUGGGCUCUAAAGAGGUGCUGGUCUUUGACUUUGGCAGCGAGGUGUACGUGUGGCAUGGGAAGGAGGUCACCCUUGCUCAGAGGAAGGUUGCCUUCCAGCUAGCCAAGCACCUCUGGAACGGCACCUUCGACUACGCCAACUGCGAUAUCAACCCCCUCGAUCCCGGAGGGUGCAACCCCCUCAUACCCAGGAAGGGUCAGGGUCGUCCAGACUGGGCGAUAUUUGGCCGGCUGACGGAGCACAAUGAGACUUCUUUGUUCAGAGAGAAGUUCCUGGACUGGAGAGAGCUCACCAGCACGCCAACAAAGAAUGGCAACGAACAGUCCUUCGAACAGAAGCUCUCUCUGGGUGGGGACUCUCGGUUGGAGUGCCAUGCGUAUGACGUGGCUCUGAUGCUCCCCGUCCUCCAGUCACCUGUCAGCAUGGUUCUGGACGGGCAGGAUGUGGGGCGGGGCCACGGGCCGGUGGGCGGUGGCCCUGAAGAUCCUCUUCGCUCCAUGGAGAUCAGCACGGUGAGCGUGGAUGUCUGGCAUAUCCUGGAGUUCGACUACAGCCGGCUGCCCAAGCAGAGCAUCGGCCAGUUCCACGAGGGCGAUGCCUAUGUGGUGAAGUGGAAGUACAUGGUGAGCGUGGCUGUGGGGAGCAGGCAGAAGCCUGAGCAGGUGCGCAGUGCAGGCCCUGGCCGGGAGAAGUGCUGCUACUUCUUUUGGCAGGGCAGGUACUCCACAGUGAAUGAGAAGGGAACCUCAGCGCUGAUGACCGUUGAGCUGGAUGAGGAGAGGGGGGCACAGGUGCCGGUGCAGCAGGGGAAGGAGCCGCCGUGCUUCUUGCAGUGCUUUGGUGGAGGAAUGAUGGUGCAUUCUGGGAAGAGGGAGGAAGAGGAGGAGAACAUCCAGAAUGAAUGGCGCCUCUAUUGUGUGCGUGGGGAGAUGCCGGAAGAGGGCCACCUGCUGGAGGUGGCGUGUCACUGCAGCAGCCUGCGCUCUCGCACUUCCAUGAUUCUGCUCAGCGUUAACAAAGCACUCAUCUACCUGUGGCACGGCUGCAAGACCCAAGCAUGCACCCGAGAGGUGGCCUGCACCGCCGCCAACAAGAUCAAAGAGCAACGACCACUAGAGGCUGGACUUCACAGCAGCUGCAACGUGACCGUUCACGAGUGUGAAGAAGGGGCGGAGCCAGUGGAAUUCUGGGAAGCGUUAGGCCGGAAGGAUCGCAAGGCUUAUGACUGUAUGCUUCAAGAUCCGGGCAAGUUUAACUUCAUGCCGCGCCUGUUCCAGCUGACCAGCUCUUCGGGUGAGUUCGUGGCCCAGGAGUAUUUCUUCCCAUCCCGAACGCCAGAUUUGGUCUGCUCACUGCCCUUCCUACAGGAAGACCUGUACUCAGCACAACAGCCAGCACUCUUCCUGGUGGAUAACUAUCAUGAGGUGUACCUAUGGCAGGGCUGGUGGCCAAAGGACAUGGACAGCCCGGGCUCGGCCCGUAUCCGCUGGGAUGCUGACAGGAAGUGUGCCAUGGAAACUGUGCUCCGGUACUGCAGAGAAAAGAGUGAGAAGAAACCCCAGAAGUCGUACCUGAUCCACGCUGGUCUGGAGCCUCUCACUUUUACCAACAUGUUCCCCAGCUGGGAACACAGAGAGGACAUCGCUGAUAUCACGGAACAGGAGGCAGAGGUGUGUAACCAGAUCAUCCUGGUGGAGGAGGUUCUGGCUCGUCUCUGCCAAAGCACCUAUCCGCUGGAAGCACUGCAGGGCCGGCCCCUCCCCCAAGGUGUUGACCCCCUGCGCCUUGAAGUCUACCUAUCAGACGAGGACUUUGAGAAAGCCCUGGAGAUGAAGAGGGAGGAGUAUGAGACCUUGCCAGGGUGGAAGCAAGUCAACCUAAAAAAAGCCAAAGGACUCUUUUAGUCCCUGUUGUCAUGGUGACUGUCACCACACGCCAUAUCUGCCCACCGCCCUCGAUUCUGUGCUCACAUGGGUGCUGUGACCAAGUUGUCAUAGAAACCACUCAACUUUGGGCACAGUCAAGCACUCUUUGGGAAAGGUGUGAUGGGUCAUGUCAAAAAGUAAAAAGUCACUUUGUAACCUGCAGAUGCGCAUUGUCAAUCUCUGAUGUAAUAAGACGACGUGGUCGUUGGUCGUACUCCGGGGAAGCGACGGCCUUUGUUCACGUCAGCCCUGUCCAACGCUUAGUGACGUUCUGUUUCUGUGACCCGUGCUGUGCAGUAAGGCUCCGUGCAGUCUUCUCCACCAAGUGCUCUGUUCUCGUCUGUUUAAGUGUUUUAAAUGUUUUCUUAAGAAAAGGCAGGGAUUCCAACAAAAAACAACAAACAAACAAAACAAAAAAUCCACUACGGCGCCUCGGUUUCGUCCUGUGUAGUUCACGCUAAGAUGGUGCUGUUCUGCUGUUUGAAAAGAAUGCCUCGUAACCUUUGAACAUGUAGCUUAUUUAGAAAAAAGGUUCUUUGUAGGAAAUGUAGUGCACACUAUUGUCAUGGUGUUAGUUGCUCUUGAUUUUGGUUUUCUUUUCAUUCUUUUUUUUGUUUUUGUAUUUUUCGUGUUCAUCUUGUUUUUUUUUUUUUUUUUUUUUGGAGUUCACAUGCUAAGUAUGUUCCUUCUGGGGAUGAAGUGAAUGAGGUUUGGUUGUCAUAGCGAUCUCCUACCUUAAAUGGCUGGGAGCCAUCACUUGUGCUCGUUUGUGACCGCAUGGGAUACGUGAGGAGAAAAGAGAUGAAAUUAAUGAAUUACUGUAAAUGUACAGAAUAGUGCCUUGCUUUUGUGUACAGUUUAUAUACAGAAUGGACUUUAGUCUGCAUUUCAAAGACUUCUCUUUGUGAUAAAGGAAAUGGGUAAUAAAACAAAGCAUAUUUAAAAUUCA